AUGAUAAAUAAAGUCUUGUGCACAGGAUGGACAGCUCUACAUGAGGCCAUCACUGCAGGUUGUGCGGAUGUGGUGGAGCAGCUCUUGCAGGCAGGGGCAGAUGUCAACAACACAGGGCUGACAGGAGUUACUCCACUUCAUGAUGCUGUUUCUUAUGGCAAAUAUGAGGUCGUGAAGCUCCUCCUUCAAUACGGCUCAAACCCUCAUGAUAAGGAUGCACUCGGAAAGAGUGCAAUAGACCUUGCAGAACAAGAGAGCAUCAAAGAGCUGCUCUUGACAUUUAAAGGACCUCUUGUGGUAGUACCUGGAGAGCUGACUGAAUCUUACAAGCAAGGGUCUGAAACUUUGACCCAUGAACAAAUACUGCAAGACAAUCAAGUCUGCAAACCACCACCUUCUGCCUCCUGCUGUGAAGAUGACAUAGAAACACACGUGAAGGAUACUUCAGAAAGUGCUGUUUGUAAAGAGGCAUCUAUCCAAGGUUCUUGCCACAAAUCCACCAGCAACAAGGUCUUUAGAGUUCCAGAGCACUCAGUCAGCUCUCUUCUAGGCAGUGCCACCCCUGCUUCCAUGGAUUUUGCCUCGAAAAAGGUGACAUAUGGAUCAAAUUCUCUGGGGGAUUACUGUUUAACUUCUAAUUCAAAUGCAGGAAAUGGACGGCCCACUUGCACAGGAUUUCCUCUUAAAGAGUCAUCGACAAAAGGAAUCUUUAUGGCCAUUAGCUCUGUCCACUUGAUCAGUGAUGAAGAGUUCCUGCCUUGUUCCGUGAUGGACAGAUACUGGGAUUUAUUCAUACACAGCGAAGACUGGGUCUUCUGAAGCAUUUGCUAGAUUAUAAAGUAAAUUAAGAAAGUUAGGAAAGUUCAGAAUUACAGAAGUACCCCUUACAAUUUCAAGUAAUAAAUGAUUGCUUAGACCAUUGUUAUUAAACGAUUAUUGUUCCUGGUUACUUUAGAGUCCCUGGUUUAAUUAUUAAUUAUUUAA